AUGGCUGGACGUUCACCGAGAGCGGCCCCCAACGAAAAGGACCGCGAGCUCCUGGUCCACUUCGAUGUCGUGAUCACCGAGCUCAAGAAGCUCAAGCCCGUCUACUACGAUGUCAUCAAGGACAUCACCAUCAAGAUGGGCAACGGCAUGGCCGACUACAUCAACGCCCCCUUCGGCGUCGAGAAGAUCACCGAGUACGAGCUGUACUGCCACUACGUUGCCGGUCUUGUUGGCGAGGGCCUCACCAAGCUCUUCGUCCGGGGCAACCUUGCAAACCCCCGCCUCGAGGAGAGGCCGGAGCUGACCGAGUCGAUGGGUCAGUUUCUGCAGAAGACCAACAUCAUCCGUGAUGUCCACGAAGACUUCGAGGACAACCGCAGCUUCUGGCCCAAGGAGAUCUGGAGCAAGCACGUCAACACGUGGGAGGAUCUCUUCAAGCCCGAGAACCGCGAAAAGGCAAUGCAGUGCAGCUCCGAGAUGGUUCUCAAUGCGCUCAAGCACGCCGAGGACUGCCUUUUCUACAUGGCCGGCAUGCGCGACCAGAGCUGCUUCAACUUUGUCGCCAUUCCCCAGAGCAUGGCCAUUGCCAAUCUCGAGCUUGUCUUCCGCAACCCCCGCCUCUUCGACAGCCACCUUAAGAUCUCCAAGGGUGAUGCUUGCCAGCUCAUGAUUGAGUCGACGCAGAACCUAUUCGUCGUGUGCGACAUCUUCAAGCGUUACGUCCGGAGGAUACACAAGAAGAACGACCCCCGCGACCCCAACUAUGUCCCCAUCAGUGUGCAGUGUGCCAAGAUCGAGCAGUUCAUCGACACUCUGUACCCGAGGCAAGACCCUGACAAGCUCACCGUGGAGCAGAAGAAGAAGGACGCCAAGGAUCCCAGCAUGGACCCUGGCGAGGCAGCCGUUCUUCUCGGCAUCACGCUGCUGACGCUCCUCUUUGUCUCUGGUCUCAUGAUUGGCACGGCGUGGUUCUUCGGCGCACGCUUCGAUGGUCUCUGGUCUGGACUCUUCGGCUCGUCACAAAACGAGACGUACAGCUGGCCUACCGGCGGCGAGGCUGUUCCCUCGGCAGUGCCUUCGAUCGAGCAUCCCGAGCUGUAA